UGAAAAAAAUGUACUCGAGUAAACGGACUUGGCUAUUGCUGCCGCCUAAGAAUAUCGGAAGAGGGACAGUCGAUAAGAUAAUAGUGAUUACAGGCAACAAUAUUUCCAUACAGGCAACAAUAUUCCAUACAGGCGUUUUAUCACUCAGGGCUGGAUACCAUUGUCAUUCUCUUUAUUUACGAAAACGCCUUAUCCCCCCCCCCAAAAAAAAAAUCAUUAAGAGGGGGAAUAGGAGCAGGCUGGGCCAGUGCGCUCCUUCACUUUAAUCGGAAAAAGUCACGCGCAUAGCCUAUACGCGACGACGCGAACCUGCCACUUUGAUUACAGAAUCAGACAGGAAUUUCACCCAGCUAAACAAACCGAAGAAGGCAUGAGUCGUGCAACACACAUAGACUUUAUUGUCCCAACACACAUUCACCAACCCACUAGAGCCUCAAUCACAAAACUAUCCAAAGUUUGUACAAGUUAUCGGGGUGCAAAAGGAGCCAACUCUUGAUUGCGAUUGCCGCAGAUUGAUGUAAGAGGACUUGGACAAUACAACUACAGGCGACACAAUGCCACCUUCCACGAAACGCACCCAGCGUGCGAAACGUGGGCAGCCCAUCAACCAUUCUGACGACAUGGAUACUACUUUGACGUCCCCAGCGCAAUCCGCGAAGAGAAGAAGGACAAAGGCCGAAAUGAACAAGUCCGAAACACGCGCCCCGGAGCCUGCGAAGCUGCCCACCAGCCAAGCAGAGUUGAACAUGAGCGACGAGGACCUUGUAUCGACCGUAUCGCAACAUCUGGCCAUGCCAGAUCACUUCGUUCAAGCUGCGCGCGACCAUGACAAUCACCAUCACCAAAGACAAAGCAAGAACGUUGCGGCGUACGCAAAAGUUACCGGAAAGGACUGGACGUUCUACGUCAAGCGUCUCCGGACCAACAUUGGACGACCACCAGAAGGAUAUAUCGCACCUCUCCAAGACGAGAAUGCCCCAACUACCCCGGCGGUGAGCAAUGAAGGGGAUGGCAUGGAAUUGCCGGCGGCGCCGACGGAGCCAAGCAGAAUUCAUAUCGAUAUUGGACCUAACAAGCUGGUCUCUCGACUACACGCCGAGAUAUACUUUGACAGCCAGACGUCGCAGUGGAACGUCAUCGUCAAUGGGCGAAAUGGAAUCAAAGUCAACGACCAGCAGGUCCGCCGAGGCCAUGUAAUGAAGCUCCAGAGCGGGGCAGUCAUCGAAGUAGCCGGCGUCGAGAUGAUGUUUGUUCUACCAACAGACGAUCAACCAGUCGAAAUCGACGAUAAAUAUCUCGAGCGAGCGGGCCUUAUUGCCUCAGAUCCCUUCCAGAGCGAGCUGCCGAUUACAGGCAACUUUCUUGCUGCUGCGAACAGAGGGAAAGCAGAGGGUACGUUGGGUUCGAACCACCCAACCCUGGCGCCUGCACCUCCGGAUUAUAAAAAGCCAGACACCCCAGCCAAGCAGAGAGCUAGGGGCCCUAUUCCUACAUCAUCUCCUGCGUUUGGACGUGCUGGUGGAACCAUAAUUAUGAGCGCGGAUACGAUUGACUAUCAAAACGAUGCGACGUCCCAUAUUAAGCCGGCUUUCACCUAUGGGCAGCUCAUAAGCCAGGCUCUCUACACAUCCGAAAACGAGAUGGCAACCCUUAACGAUAUCUACGAAUACAUGAAACGAAAUUACGCUCACUACCGCCGCCCUGAGUUCUUCAAGGGCUGGCAAAAUUCCAUCCGCCAUAACCUCUCCCUCAAUCCCGGCUUUAAGGUUCGCCAGCGCGGCCCAGAAGACACCGGAAAGGGAGGGUAUUGGUGCUUCACUCCCGACAUGCGUGAACACAUGAUCUCCGAUGCUUGGGGUCCAAAGUCCGCACGCAAGUCCCCUCCAAAGCGACGGGAAACCUCUGGAACUCCACGUUCGUCCCCAGGCCCUAAGAUCACCAGGACCGUUCAUGGCCCGGGAGAUAAGGAGGGUGGCUCCCCAUCAAGGAGAGUUAAAAGAAGCCCAGGUGCGAGCCCAACUAUGCGCGGUAUCCGUCCAAAUGGACCUCAACAGACUCCGGACCGCCUGAAGCUCCCAAGGCCUCUUCUCGGCGAGGAGCCUGAUGAUGGCAGCCCGUUACCGAGGCGCCGAACAGGCAGCAAUAACCCAUUUGGGAUAGGCGAGAAUGCAGCCGAGUCCCCGGUCCUGUCAUCAUCGUUUGCCCAGGAAGAGGGCACGGCAUUUCUAACGCCAGCACCCGUACGCAAGCACCCGCACUUUGCUCCACCGAGCACAGCGCAGCGACCCAGCCAACACAUGCCGACGUCGAGUCCCGCGCCGUUCUGGCGUUUCGCAGAGCUAGGAAAUACGCCGAGUGUGAUUAAGGGGGCGCAGGGCGGACUGGGGUUCGAUGUCAGCCCGCUCCGCGGGCUUGGCGAGGACGCGCCGCAGAGUAGUAGUCCCGCGCCGAGGAGGCGAAGGGAGAGCCCUAAGAGGUCGGCGGAUAGGAAUGAGGAUAAGGAGGAUGAGGAGAGUGAGGGAGAGGAGCCGGCUUUUGAUUUGACGAGGGGCUUCAUGAAGAUUAGCAAGUAUCAUGCUUCGGCUGGAAAUGGGGCUCCGAUUGCGAGUGCCAGCAAGGUGCAGCCAUAGUUAUCUACUAUGCACCAACCCGCAACAGUCAGCUUCGCUACAGCCAACCAUCGUCAACUCACGAUUGCCGUAUAUGGAGAGAGCCUUUUGAAACGUCCCACCAGAUUCGUUUUUUGGACCAGCACCAACCAAACAAGCAUUGGUUUUACCGCUCCACUAUCUUCAUCAUCAAAGAGAAACUCGUGUUAGCUGCCCGUUGCUUUUAUCUACCCCCUGGUUUUACUGUAUAUUUACAAACCACGAUUUUUAUUUUCUGGACGCGCAACAAACUUUGGCUCUGGGAGUGCUACUCGCGCUAGUUGCUUGCUUGCUAUUAUACUUGUUCAUACUUGGGCAUACUGUUGUACUUUUAUGGGGCGCGCGCGGAUUAUGUUACGAUUGGGAUUGAGAUUUGACGACGGAUUUGGGGGGGUGCGUUGCUAUUCUUGGGACUGGCGGGACUGGGUGGGCGAUGUGUGUGGGUUAACGCUGGUUUUUGUUUGGGGGUCUGCACUGCAGGGAGAUGUAUUAAUGAUAGGAGAUUGUAGCAAUUACAUCUUGAAACUCUGAUGGAUGUCUUGGUUUUUGAAAGGUUAAAAAU